AUGUCCAACCGCGUCGAAGUGACGCGGUCCCGCCUCGCGGGCGCCUCAGCGCAGCUCCGCGCCUCCCCGUCGCGGCAAUACCUGCCACCACUGAGCCCGCCCGCGCAGCAGGACGCGCAGGCAGACUCGUCGCACCAGCCGGUCGGCAUUCUGUUCGGGCUGAUCGUCGAGGGGUUCGGGGCGCUGGUGCGCACCGACGCGGGCGUGUGCUCGGGCUGCAACGAAAUCGAGCGGAUCCUCGCGGUGCUGGUCCCGGGCGCCGUCCAGAUCGCGACGCUCAUCGUGUCGACGCUGCUCUUCCUCGUCGUCUGCAAGGACACCGUGUUUCUGCGGCUCGGAGUCUACCAUGCCUUCCACGCGGAAUUCUGGCCCGUCCUGUACUCCUUCGUCCUCGCCUUCGUCUGCUCGAGCGGCUUCAUGGUGUUCCGGAUCUUCCGCGCCGGCGUCGACGCGGAGAGCUACAAGGACGAGUGGCAGGACCCGCUGUACGUCGUGGCGUUCGUCCUGGAGCGCGUCUCGAUCAUGGUGUACUGCUCGGCGGCGAGUGUUGGGGUGUUCCGUGCGCUCUCGCCGCCGCUGUACACGAAGGCGUGCCUGCUGCGGGAGCUCAGGGACGCGGAGGAGGCCGGGGAGGACGGGGGCGAGGCGCUGGUGCGGGGGGCGUCGUGA